ACACACGAAAAUAGGAGGACUGGGAAGCACAGCUUAUAUGCCACACACUAGGGAGAUAACGAGACACAGGUGAAAGACAUGGGCUGGGGAACACAAUCACACAAGCGGGAAACUUGACAGGAAGACAGAUAUGGGACACAGACUUCAAAAUAAAACAGGAAAUGAGACGAUGACGGAAAACUCAAGUAAAAGCCGAGCAACAGACAGUCUUAAGGUCGUCACGAACAGAUGGCUGGAGAUUGUUCUGAAAGAUUUAGCUGUGACAAACAUGCAAAGAGAUCACACCACUGUGUUUAUAUUUUUAUUCUUCUACUAACACAUAAUUUCCUGUGAGUGGGGUGGUGGUGGGUGGCAUAGCACAUUUCCUGUCUUUUCAUCUGUCUUCUUCUUCUGACACUUAGUUCUAACCUGUUCAGAUAUUUAUUGCGGAGUUUCUAAUAGUUCUCACGCAUCUUUCAAAGCUAUUUUUUUAUUAUUUAUUUAUUUGUUUAAAGAAAAGGGAAUCACUGGUUACACACUUCCAGCUGUGCAAUUUGAGAUUUCGUGCAGAAACAGACAAAUGUACCAGAACGCGUGUGUGUUUUAAACGCAGAUUUCUUUCAAGCCUGCUAACAACAAACCGCUGUUCGUCAUGACUCAGGGUGUGUGUGGCUGCAUCUGCAAAUAUAUCCUCUAUUUUUUCAUUGCAAUCUUUGGGCUGUGGGGCUUCUACAUCCUGUGGCUCGGAGUGCAGCUACGGUUCAGUGACAACACUAAACAGUACUUCUUUAAAAAUGAGGGUUCCAGCUCAAAUGGAUUUAAGACAGGUGUGGAAUCAAUGAUGGGUCUUGGGUUACUGUUGGUGGUUAGUGCUUGGAUUGGAAAAAAGGGCGUCUACAAUGGCAGUAAAGGGGCUCUGGAAUGGUUUGCUGUCCUUCUGGGCUGUCUGUCUGGAGCUGCAUUUGCUGCCGGGGACUUUGCUUAUUACCAGCGUGAUGAGGCUAGCAAUUUCCUGGUCGAGUUCUAUCCAGCGGCAUACAUUGUAUAUGCAGUCACUGGAGACCAAGCCGUUGGCAUCACUCUUGCAUUCAUCCAAGACUUGUUUCAUUGCUGUGGAAUAACAGGAGUCUCACUAAUAGAGUUUGUUAAACAGACCUGUCCACGACCAAAAAACUUGAUGGAGAGUCUUGCUAUGCCUAGUUGUCCAGUGCUCAUUAUAAAAAUCUUUGAGACUCAUGCAUCAGUGGUGAAGGACGAUUUUGACCAAAUUGGAGCUUUUCUGGUCGGAGCUCUGAUUUGCAGCCUCGUCCUCAUUAAGCAACAGGAUCGUUCUGGACAAUGAGAAGAAGAGGUUUCCAAACCUACUCUGCUGCUGUCAUUUGAAACUCAACUACCAGUGGUGUAACUCGACGCAUUCUUCGCUUCAAUUUUGGGACCAGUUUUCUGAAAUUCAUGUAGAAGUAGAUUCUUUUACCUAGCCAACCAACUGUUUUCCAUAACCAAGCUUCUAUGUUUUAUAUUUUAGCAGCAGUGUUCAAUUUCUGCUUCUUCUUUUUUUUUGUCUGAACACAGAGUAAAAAAAGAACAUUUUCUGUAAAAAUUCCGUUAAAAUGUAUAAUGUUACAUUAGUAAACCAGAAUAAUAUGUAUCUAAUUUGUUCUAUUUAUGUCCAGAAUGGAAAGGGGAAAUAGCCUCUUUAUGUGAUGCACAGAUAGGCAUCAAAUAUAUUUGUGAAGUUAAUCUCUCAGAGUCAAUAAUAGCACAAGUGCAAACCAUAAGACUCUUGAACAGCCUCAAAAUGGUACAAACACAGCAAGACAUCUAGAGAGCUGCGGCUAUGCUGAUGAGAAAGAUCAGAAGAGAAGGGUCACGUUACGACAAACUACUAAAAACCACUCCUAACUCAAACUCAAACAGGCUACUCGUUUCAUCAAGCCAACAAGGUCA